CUACCGGCGCCGCCCUCUAUAACAAUGCGCUGGUAGGGAGGCGAGCGAUACGCUUAUAUACAUGCGUCUCCUAUACUCACAGCGUAGCCGUGUAACGCGGCUCGGGAUUGGCUGACGCAGCAGGAAGUCGCUGUGUUUUGUUUUUACUUUUGCUUUGAAUGUGACACAGCGGGAGCAGCAAAGCCUCGGAGAGAGUCGUGACCGCGAGUGUUUGGCUUUGUGCAGGGCCUAUGGAGAAGCCUUCCCGGAGCUAUGAAACACGGCGGAGAACCAAGUCUGAAGAAACAACGGUGAAGUCUCGUGUUGAUUGGAGGCGCACGAAAAGGAACAGCGUGUGUCUGGUACCCGACUCUGAUGAAGAUGACUUGUGUUCUGAAGAAGAAGCAAAAGUAAGUGAGGAAGAGAAGAGCAUCAGUGAGGCAGAGGAUUGUGAUGAUAAAGAGCAGCAGCAGCAAGCGACAGUCUCAAAUGAUGACGCUGAGGAGGAAUGUGUAAAGCAGUCCCGGCGGAGGAGAAAGUCGGCUGUAAUGGAGAGCAGUGACAGCAGUUCCGAUAGCGACGGGCCCAUCAGGAAAGUGUAUUCCAAGCGUCGCUGUCUGAUAGAUGAAGAAGAGGAAGCUGGUGAGGGCAAAAACCCAGGUAUAAAGACAGAAACAAAUGAAAUAGAAGAGGAAACAGAAGAGGAAACAGAUGGCGAGAGCAUAAAGAAAAGAAAAAAGCUGGAGAACCUCCAAAAAUUGGCAGAAAAGAGGAAAUCAAAAAGCGGAGGGAGAAUUCAGGAUUACUCCGAGGAUGAGGAAAGUGAUUUCUGUCCACCCCUGUCGUCGGAAGAAACCAGCGAUAUUGAAGACAAUGGAAGUUUGAAAGAUUUCAUAGUCGAUGAUGAGGAGGAGGACACAGUUGAAGGCAUCACUGAGGAGAAGCAGUUGGCUUCCCACCAGAAUCUGUUUUUAAAACAUCAUAUUCCUCUCUUGUCAAGCAGUGACCAUUAUACCCACCUUCAGAGAGUGGUCAAUGCCUUCCUGAUCAAUAUUACCAGCCCAGAUUUCUUGGAUACAUUGUAUGAGAAAAUCCGCACGAAAAAGUAUGCAAAGGACAUGUUAAACUCGCUCUAUUGUUUAGAUGAGCGAAUAAUACAGCCUCGUCUUGAAAACCUGUCAACCCGGAGUCGCUGGAGUAAGCGUUAUAGGGAGAGGAUAGACUGCUACCCGGAUCUUCGGGUAAAUCGAGGUUAUGGUGAUGAGCAGUCCUGCCAAGCUUGUGAAUUACAUCGCUUCUGUAAAUACACAGUGGUUUUAUCUGGACAGGCCUACAACUGUAAAACAAUGGAGGUCGAUGAAUUCCUGCCAAAUGAUAAACAGGUGUUAAAGGUGGGCAGGAUCUGUGCCAAUCGUACAAAAGUCUAUCAUCAGCUGAAACACUUUAAAUACCACUUAUACCAGGUUUGCAUUCCUGCCAUUGAGGACAUCACCCAGUACAACUCUGUCAAAGAAAGAGUGGAAACAUGUUUGGCUAAGAUGGAAAAAGAUGGUGUGAUUAAAAAGCAAGCUGACUUUCUUGAGGCCUUCCUGAAUGAGGCAGACUUCUUCCAUGAAGAAAAAAUGGACUGAUCCUGUACCUGAUCAGCAUAUAUGUACCUGUGUGUGUUUUCUAUUUGUGUACAUAGUGUAUAGAGCGCCUUGCAAAAGUAUUCACACCCAGUUCUUUAAUUUACUGCAUAACGAACCCUGCGGAGGUUGGUCUCUUUGAUAUUUAAAUUUAAAAGCAGAAGUCAGGAUUUUUUUUAUUGUGACAUUUUAUAUUAGGGGGAAAAAAUGAAGCUUAUUAUUUGCAUGCGUUCACACUCUCUACACAUUUAUAUAUUUUUUUAGAGCCUACAAAAAACAUAGACUUUUUGACUUACAUAGUUAGCAACCCAUUUAGGCUGCCACUUGUUCAACACCCCACUCAUUCCAUGAAGAAAUUAAUUCAACAACUUCAAUUUCCUUCUCGUUUAUUGAUGUUCAGCUUCUGUGGAAACCAGAGGGACUAAAGUCUAAGAAGCUAAGUCUUCCAUUGCUGCUUGUCCGUUGUUUUCUGCCUUUAGUUUUGUCUUUAGCAACUGAAAUAUAUGUUCAAUAAUCCAGGCUUCCUAUUCUUGAGGCUUAAUUUGUGUUAAAGGGAAUGUCAACCCAAAAAAAUAAUUAUUUGCCUAAUAAAAGAAAACAUAAUUCUAAGCAACUUUGCAAUAUACAUUUAUUACAAUUUUCCUAUGUUUGUUAAAUUGAUACU